AUGUCUUCGGCUGAGCAGCCUCUUCGGGAUGAGGGCACACGAACGCAAGUCGUGCUUGCAGGCGCUAUCGCAGGGCUCAUCUCGCGCUUCUGCAUUGCUCCCUUGGACGUCUUGAAGAUUCGCCUUCAGCUGCAAUACCACUCACUUGCCGACCCUCUGUCCACGCCGCUUCGGCCAUCUGCUGGCGUUCUUCAAGUAGCACGCGACAUUCUGCGGCAUGAAGGAAUUACCGGGUUUUGGAAGGGCAAUGUCCCUGCCGAAGGGUUGUACCUGAGCUACGGAGCGGUCCAAUUCCUGGCAUACAGAACUACCAACCAAACGUUUGACGCUCUGGAGGAAACACAAGGUGUGCAGAUCCCGGGUGCUCUCCGAAGCUUCAUUGCAGGGGCAGUUGCCGGAACCGCUGCGACCACAGCAACGUAUCCACUAGACCUACUACGUACUCGAUUCGCUGCUCAAGGCACUGAUAGAGUCUACGAUGGCCUGCUAGCCAGCAUAAGAGACAUCACUCGUCAUGAAGGUCCAGCCGGCUUCUUCCGCGGUCUUUCCGCAGGGAUAGGGCAGGUUGUGCCAUACAUGGGUUUAUUCUUCGCGCUAUACGAAGGCUUAAAGGCGCCACUCGCAGCCGUCCAUCUCCCAUUUGGCUCUGGAGAUGCAGUAGCGGGCAUCACAGCGAGCAUGUUGAGCAAGUCCGCGGUCUUCCCACUAGAUACGGUACGGAAACGAUUGCAAAUACAAGGUCCAAAUCGCGAUCGGUAUGUUGGCGGCUCAAGAAUGCCCGUGUACGGAGGCGGUGUUGUUCACACGCUCAGGAUGAUCUUGAAGCGCGAAGGCUGGAGAGGCUUGUACCGUGGUUUGGGUGUCAGCUUGAUCAAGGCAGCUCCGGCAAGCGCCGUGACAAUGUGGACCUACGAAAGGACUUUGCACAUAUUGCAGGAUCUUGCGAAGAAGACAUGA